CAGAAUCAGAACCGUGCGAUUAUUUUAUCAUUGCAACUGUUAUUAUCAGCAAGCGCCGAUCAAUCGAAGAAUCACCAUUCAAGUGUUCAAUCCGUUUUGCGCCAAGUGCGCGAAAAAAGGUCUCAUGAUGCCCAUAGAGUGUCUCUUAUCAACACUCGAUCAAAAAAAAAACUAUUUUGUGCCAGUCAUUUCAAGAUUAGCGGGCAAGAUUAAUAGUAAUCCCCAAGAAGCAGACUACUGAUGAAAAAACCGAGCUGCGCGCGGCGCGUCCGCUCAGAAUUGAAAUCACCCGCGAUAGGAUCGUUCGAUCUUCCGCGAACUCGAAGUUCAAUCCAUCGAACUCUCGCUCGACUUUCGUGCUUCCUGGCACGUGCGCGCCCAAACCACCCACCCUGCCGCCGUCGAUGCUAUUAUUAUUCACUCGUCACUCAGCGUCGCGAGAAACGUAUGUUGUCGACAGUUUGCGGUAAUUCGUAGCAACGACGAUACUCGAAUCGCGUUUCCUCCGACACAUUUGAUCUGUCCUUGAUUUGAUUAUCAUCCUGUCGCAUCCUGACAUCCCAAUCUUUUUUCUCACUCUGUCCUCCGCUCUCCCUCUUCUUCCCGUUUCACGCAUUUUAGCCGCCGGUCUCAAGCCGGCGUCCGUCGUGUACCGUUCGUCGAACGGUUCGACGUAUGCCACGGUGGGAGUACCGCAGAGCAUGGCGGCGAACCAGGACGGGUGAAACCUCAACCGGCACUCAAGUCUACUUAGACUUGGGCGAUCCCGCGAUACCAGAAUGUCGCGAUCCUGUCGUGUAAUCGCAGCGAUGCUGCCGUGCCUGAUGCGGGCUGUUUGGACCAACAAUUGUUCCAUGUCGUCAUACCAGUACGGCGCGGCACUCAGCUGCUCGAUCUUUCAACGUUACGAUUUCUGUCCGUAUAGCAAAAUGUCGAGGCAGUCGGAGCAGGUCGCGAGCAAGCGAGCGACCUUCGGUAUGGGCUGCUUCUGGGCGGGCGAUGCUCUGUUCGGCGCACUGCCCGGGGUCAUCAGGACUUGCGUGGGUUACGCCGGUGGCACCAAGGAUUCUCCAAUCUACAAAGACAUGGGAGAUCAUACGGAAGUUGUUGACAUUGAAUACAAUCCAGAAUUAAUAUCCUAUUCGUAUCUGCUGGAGUUGUUUUGGAAUAAUCAUGAAUAUGGCCUGACAACCAAGAUCAAAAGACAGUACAUGUCGCUAAUUUUAUAUCAUGACGAAGAACAAAGAUCAUUAGCUACAGAAUCGCAGGAAUUGAAACAGCGAGAGGUUGGAGAAAUCUUCAUUACAGAGAUUAAAAAGUUUAUAAAAUUUUAUCCGGCGGAGGAUUAUCAUCAAAAAUAUCGACUGCAACAACAUCCGUGGUUGGUCCAGACCACAGGACUUACCACACCGGAAGCUUUACGUACAUCUCCAUUAGCAGCAAAGUUAAACGGCUACAUAGCGGGUGCCGUCAGUCUCAAACAGUUCCAGCAGGAGUUACCGCACUUAGGACUUAGCGAAAAAGCAGCACAAUAUGUAACGAAAUAUGUUAUUGAAAAUCAAGGGAGCGGUUUGUAUUGUUAGCUGAUCUAGAAACGCUAGUCGAUCGUAUUUGCAUGAACAAAAAUGUUACAGCUUGGCGUAUUUAUUGCGAUAACGAUUUUAUAAUGCGAUAAUAAGCAUUAUAUAUAAUAUUCAAACAGAUUUUUUUAUUCAUACUGUAUUGUUGUAAUAUUAUUAGUUGAAAUUUAUAUUACUCGUUUUUAAAUUCUGCUGCGUAAUGUACAAAUUGUUCUACGACUCGUAAUCUUAAUUUUAAUGAGAUUAUUUUAAUAUUCGUAUAGAUAUUUUUUCAAUUCUAAUAAAAAUUUUAAGACAUUGUUGGAUUAUAAAAAGUUGAUGAAAGAUGUUCAAAUGAACUUUAAUAUGAUAUUAAUUUAAAACCUUUUGCGACAUAGGGAUACACAGAGUACUGAUUAUAAGUAAAUAAACAGAAGAUAUAUCAUUAUUAUUGUGCCGAGUACCGGUAAUCAUUAGAAUAUUCGAUGUAUUUCAAAAAAGCAAGAACAAUUGCUUCUAACAGUUUGUAUAAUGUUCGAAAUGGCUGUGGAAUUUUAACUCGCAAAUGAUAAAAAUUACAGUAACUAUUUUCUAUAUACUGAUAUGCUAAGACGACAAUAUUAAUAAAUAUGAGUUCAUUAGAUCCCUUUCAAUGAUUUAAUUUCAAUAUCUAUUUAUGAAGUUGCUAUUAAAAUAGAGCCAGAGUUAUAUAUACUUAUUUAACUAAACACUAGAGAAUAGAUAAGAUUAAAUUAUGUCAAAUAAGCGUUUGCAGGAUAUUGAUUGUUUAUUUAUGGAAUGGAAAAAAGUAAUGAUGUCACUUACUCCUCCGCCAGAUAAAAUUUUAUAAACUUU